CUGAAUGAUAUUUGUCGCAUUCUGCGCCAAAGAACAGCAUUGAGACGCUAGAGUGAAUGCCAGUUGCGCUUUGAACCCGAUCCAGACAUGGCCAAAGUGGAAUUCAUGGCCAAAGCCGACGAGAUGCCCACCGAGAAGCCCGACGGUCCUCCAGCGCUCGACGUCGAAGAGGGAGUCUCGUCUGAAUCAUCCAUUCACGAGGGAGAGCUCAAAAGAAUUCAUACCUUCUGGAGCUUACUGGCAUACCAGACGACGGUUCUCUCCACCUGGAGUUGCAACAUAAUUCUAUACGCCAUAAUCUUCUCGCUUGGGGGUCCAGUGGCUUUGAUAUACGGAACCAUCAUUGUCGCUAUUGGGCAGACACUGGUCAUGGCCUCGCUGGCCGAGUAUUGUUCACUUUGGCCCAAUGCUGGCGGUCAGGCAUUUUACACCCAGAUGGUCGCCCCUGAAAAAUAUCGCCGAUUUCUGUCUUAUACUGUCAGUUAUUGUGUUCUGGUUUGUGAAGUGUCCGUGGCGGCCGGGUGCGCGUUGAACAGCGCAAACAUCGUCAAUACUUUCGUGGACAUCACUCAUCCGAAUAUCGAGUGGAAGCCAUAUAUGAUGUUUCUACUCUAUUGCGGCUUUCUCAUACUGCCUCUUAUAACGGGAGUCUUGGCCGGUUCGCGUUACGGUGCCCAACUCCAAUUUUUCGCCGGGUGCUUCAAUGUCGGCGGACUCGUGGUAUGGGCCAUCGUGUUCCUAGUCAUGGCAGAAAAGACAGACGCAAAGUUCGUCUUCACCGACUUCAUCAACAACAGCGGUUGGAACAGUGAUGCAUGGGUUUUCAUUCUGAGUUUUUACACGCCUAUCUAUGGCCUUUAUGGUACCGAUGGAGUUAUGCACCUGAGUGAGGAAAUGAAGAAUCCCUCUCGUGAUGCGCCCCGAGUCAUGAUCUGGUCCAUGGUCUGGGCGGGUGUUACUGCUCUCCUUUCUGGAAUAAUCAUGUGCUACACGGUUGGGCCCAACUGGGAAGCCCGUCUCGACGAAGGUGCUCCCUAUCUGGUAUGGUUCAUGGACGUGACGAAUUCCGUGUAUGGUGGAGGUGUGUUUUGCUGCGUCACCAUGAUGGGUUUGAACUACCUCACCAUCCUCAACCAGUCUACCGCAAGUGCUCGCAUGGUCUGGAAGAUGGCGAAGCAAAAGGCAUUCCCGUGUUCCGGUUAUCUCAGCCAUAUCUCGCCUCACUACAACAUUCCAAUCCGCGCGCUGGUGGCCUUCAUUGCGGUCUGUAUGCUGGUCGGCCUAUUGGUACUUGGCUCACAACUCGCCUUCUUUGCCAUACUGUCUGGCGGUGGCAUCGCUAUUCAGAUCUCCUUUAUCAUACCGAUCCUUUGCGUUGUAUUGAGAGGUCGCGACACAAUUCUCCCAGAGGGACGACCGCAAUUCAACCUCGGGAAAACAUGGGGCAACAUCAUCAAUAUUGUGAGUUUGGCGUGGAGCAUUCUAGUCGUGUUGUUCUACGUCUUCCCACAGUAUAUGCCGGUGGUUGGCGAGAUCGCCAACAUGAAUUGGGCUAUUGCUAUCAUCGGCGCAGUGACAAUUUUUGCUGGCGUAACCUGGGUCGCAAGAGCAAAGAGCCAUUACAUUGCUUGAGAUUCAGUGGCACUGGAAGAAAAGACGGUCAUCGAUAGUGCAUUACUAGCCACUGUGAAAGCGUCAGAAAAAAG